UCCCCCAAAUCCCCAAUCCUCUCCCCUCCCGUCUCUCAUCCUUCUCCCUUUCCAAAUUUCAAAAUCCAUCCAUGGCCGGCGGCGGCGGCGGCCGUGGGCGCGGCGCGAGGGUGGCCGCGCCGGCGGGGGACAGCGGCAAGGGCGCCCAGGCGGAGUGGCUGCGGAUCUACGACGGGAUCGUGGCGAUGCUGCGCAAGACGCAGGCGCAGGUGGAGGAGCUCGUCGCGGAGCGCGACCACCUCGCGGCCUUCGUCAAGAUCCAGCACGACUUCAUGGUCUCCCGCGUCGGCCGCCUCCAGUCCUCCCUGCAGCAGGCGAGGAAGGCGGACGCCAUCAGGAAGAGGUAUGAGGCGGCCAACAUGGAGAUCCUUAUUGGGGACAAGGAGCGGGAGGCCCGCUCCUACCAGAAGAUUGCUGAACUCACGGAGAAUGAUUUGGAGGACUUCAGAACUUCUAUAGCUGCUUUGGCUGCAGAAAACUAUGAACUGAAGGAAAAACUGAAGGAAGUGGAAAGGCAUGCAGAACUUGCUGAAAACACUGUUGAUCACCACAUUCACAGUCCAAGAGAUUUAAGAGCAGAGUUAAAAAAACUAAAGCACGCCUACAAGACUUUGAGCUCUGAAAAGGAAAAGGAAGUUUCUGCAUUACGUGCAGAAAAUGAUUUUGUGUGGAACCAGUUGAGGACAAUGGAGAAUGAUUAUACUGAUCUCCUUAAGAAGAAAAAAAUAGAGGCAGCACAAGCUACUGAAGCUGCACAAAAGCUUCAGAAGAAUUUAGAAGAGCUGCAAGAUCAAAAUAAGGGCAACGAGAUCGGCAGAUUACAAGCAGAAGCUGUUGAUGCCAAAAUGAACAUAUCAAUUCUUGAGGAUAAGCUACAGGAAAUGCUUUCCUUGGUGAAGGAGAAAGACUUGGAAAUUGAACAACUCAAACAUGGUCAGCCUAUGACCAGUCAGAUCAACAAAAAGGAUAUCAACCAGAAGAACAGAAAAUGUAGGUCCCAAGACCCUCCUUCAAGGGACAAAUCAACAAAUUUGCAAGCCACACCGCCUGGGAGAAAAGUGAAGAUUUCCAGACAGCAUGCAUCAAGUUCAAAACAGAAGCAAGUCCAGUCAAGAAAUAAUUCUCGUAGGCAAAAAUUAGAAGGUGAUAAGUCUGAGGUUGGCGAAAAGCGGAAGCGUGCCUUGCCAUCAUCCAGUGGUCUGCAACGAUGUUCCGCAAGGCAGCAGGCGAAAUCCUCUGCAUCUCCAGUGGUCCAGCCAUUACUCUUCUCCCCAAUAUUCCGGGUUCCAAAGGUGAAGACCCCGACUCCUCCAUAGCCACAAGCAGUCAGUUCCCCCCAGGACCAGGUCACCAGGAGCCAGCCACAGUAGGUCUGAUAUCCUGACUUGUGCAGCUGUUGAUAGGGAUUGUGGCACUGACAGUUGAUGAGGCUAACCUUAAUUCCCAGGAACUGCAUCUGCAUUGCUCCUUUAUGCUCCCAGUAGGUCAUUGGUGUGUUUGUAGCAUACUUGACGCAGCUCUUGAACAAAAAAAAAAAAAUGUAGGCUAUGUUAGAACGAUUUUUUUCUUCAUCUUUUCCUUGUGGAAUGCGAUGUGUAUUAUUUAGGCACACACCCUUGGUGGUGAGAAAUUUGUCGAUGCCCCAUAGUGUCAGAUUGGCUUGAUCUGAAUGAGUUCUGCGUAAAUUUUUUUUCCAUUGUUCGAUGUAUGAACUCUGAAUGCCAGGAGGCUAUGUAUUUUGUUGUGUAUAUAUGUAAUGUACGUAUCUCGUACAUCGUUAACAACAUCCAUAAAUUAUUCUGUCUGAUUUGAUGUA